CGCUCUUGAAUAACUCGUCUCCAACAGUUUCCACGGGCUCCCAAGGCAUCAUGACUCAUCGCGAGGACCUGGUCUCACAGUUGCAGCAUGCAGACACAGACCUGCGCUCUGCUACGAGGUGACUUUGAUAACUUCCACCUCCACGCACCUGAUGAAUAUGCCAGGAUCUCACGAUGAAUGCCAACAGUACAGACCCUGGCUUAUAUCUCGCCCCAAGCAUAGCCGAAGCAGCCAUUUACUCCGAGAUCAGCUCCUGGACCGAGGUCCCCGGUAGAGAUGACAAUAUCUCCUCCCCUCUCCUGCACUCCUUUCCCAACCUGACCGCCCUGGUGCUGCAGAACGGGAGCAGCAGCAGCAAGGCACCGGGCCCGCAGGAUGACCCUCUUGGGGGUCACACCAUCUGGCAGGUCAUUCUCAUCGUGUUCUUCACCGGACUCCUCUCCCUGAUCACCAUCGUCGGAAACAUCCUCGUCCUUGUGUCCUUCAAGGUCAACCGUCAGCUCAAGAGUGUGAACAACUAUUUCCUGCUGAGCCUGGCUUUCGCGGACCUCAUCAUAGGGGUGAUAUCGAUGAAUUUGUACACCACCUACAUCGUCAUGGGGCACUGGGUCAUGGGAAGCUGGGCGUGUGACUUGUGGCUGGCCAUUGACUAUGUGGCCAGCAACGCGUCCGUCAUGAACCUACUGGUCAUAAGCUUUGACCGUUACUUUUCCAUCACCAGGCCACUGACUUACCGGGCCAAGAGAACCACCAAACGAGCAGCUAUUAUGAUUGCUCUGGCGUGGUUGGUGUCUUUGAUGCUCUGGGCCCCUGCCAUACUGUUCUGGCAGUACUUUGUUGGGGAACGGACGGUUCCUGCAGAUCAGUGCUACAUACAGUUCCUGACAGAACCGAUUAUAACCUUCUGCACUGCCAUGGCGGCUUUCUACCUGCCAGUGACGAUCAUGAGCAUUCUGUACUGGAGGAUUUAUAAAGAGACAGAGAAUCGAUCCCGGGAGCUGGCGGGGCUCCAGGGUUCAGGGGGAAGGGGUGGCAGCGAGAGGCCGCGCUUCCACCUCCACUCCACCGGGGGGAGCGCCAGGAGCUGCAGCAGCUUUGAACUGAGCCGACCGAUGCAGGGACGCGGCUCCAUGCUGGGACUCUCUGGGCGCUUCCACUGCUGGUCGUGGAGGCCUGGCCGCUGGGCCAGAGGCCGAGGCGAGGGCGAGCAGGACCACAGCAGCAGCGACAGCUGGAACAACAACGACGCCGGGAUCUCCGCCGACCACUCGGGCUCGUCAGACGAGGAGGACAGCAACGCGCCCGCUGCGCGUGCCAUCUUCUCCAUCGUGCUGAACUUGCCAGGCAUGAAAGCUGCCGUCAACUCACAGGUCACUUCCUGCGAGGAUUUCGACGAGGCGUCAGAGGAAGAUCCGCUUCGGAUUGGGGAAGAAGAGACCACGGAGACGGACAGCGUCUCUCAGUCGGUCAACAACGGCAGCGGCAGGGACGGCAGCGGCUUUCAGGGCUUCUCCACCAAGAUGGGCAAAGUCCAGUCUAUGCCCGCCAUACAGUCCUCAUCCGCAGCCUCAGAUUCCACUGCCACAGCCCACACCAGCACCACCACCAAAUCACCCUCUGUGCCAAUCUCUUUUAAAGAGGCAGCUCUGGCUCGACGCUUCGCUGUGCGAGCACGGAAUCAGAUCACCAAGCGCAAGCGCAUGUCUCUGGUGAAGGAGAAGAAAGCGGCGCAGACACUGAGCGCCAUCUUGUUGGCCUUCAUAGUGACAUGGACGCCGUACAACAUCAUGGUUUUGGUCAACACCUUCUGUAAAGAAUGCAUUCCAAAAUCCCUGUGGGACAUAGGUUACUGGCUGUGCUACGUCAAUAGCACCAUCAACCCCAUGUGCUACGCCCUCUGCAACAAGACCUUCCGCACCACCUUUAAAAUGAUCCUGAUGUGUCGCUGGGAUAAGCGAAGGCGAGAAGGAAAACAGCAUCUACAGCAGAAACAGACCGUCAGAUUCCACAAAAGGUUACCCAGGGACUCCACAUAG